UCUGGCAACCCUGAACCUAGCUAGCCUCCGUGCCCACAAGCAUUUAAUGCUAACUGUUGUUGUAGUCUUACUGCUUGUACAAAGACAUUGAAUACAUUUUCAUACAUGUGCAGCGGUGAUGCUGGCAGUCGGGGAUGUGAGUUUAAGCUAACGUGGUGAUUUGAAGCCACCAUGAAUGAGGUAAUGCUGUCAUUGUUUUAUUAUCUGUUGACAAGCACAUGUCUUCAUCUGCCAAACCUGAACAUCACCACUCUCCGAAAAUGACACCCAGAAAACGUCGGAAGAAAACACAGUGUGAGGAGCUAUUCAGCUGCACUGGAUGCUGCGAGAGUUUUCAGAGCGUAUACGCCAGAGAUCGCCAUCUGAGAGAGAAACAUAACAAAUCACCACUUCACAAGUGCUGCGACUGUGGACGGACAUUUAAAGUCAGCCGGAGCUUGAUGGUCCAUCAGCGGAUCUACCAUCCAGCACCUGCAGUGGCAGUGGAGCCUGAAGAAGAGCGAAUUGUUCCAAAGUCUUACAUGUGUUCAACAUGUGGAAGGCAGUUUCCUACAAGCGCUGCCCUUAAAAGACACCUUAUUAUCCACUCAGGGAAGAAACCGUACAAGUGCACUUUGUGUGGACGAGGUUUCACACAGAUUGGAAACCUCAAAACACACCAGAAGGUUCAUAAAGGGAAAUUCACAAAUGUGGCGGCAUUAGAGGAAAGUUUCCCUCCACCUGAAAAGACUCAGUCAUCAGUGGAAAUCUGCCUCUGUCAUUUGUGUUGGACACAAUUUUCAGAAAAACAACUUUUAGAAGAACACUUAAAACAAUUUCACCAAUCAAAUAAACCGUUUUCCUGCACACAGUGCGGCAAAAAAUUUACGCAUAUCCACAAAUUAAAAGAACAUAAAGCUGUUCAUGAGGGUCUGAAGCCCCACCAGUGCUCACUGUGUGAUAGAGGUUUCCUGAGCUCGAAGGGACUCGAGAACCACAUGCGAGAUCACACCGGAGAGAAACCUUUUCCGUGCACUGUGUGUGGAAGAAGGUUCAAGCAGGAAUCUACUCUGAGAGCACAUUAUGUGACGCACUCUGGAGAGAGGCCUCACCUCUGCUCCAUCUGCGGGAAACGUUACGCGAGGACUGAAGAGCUCAAAGUUCACCUCAGAGUUCACACAGGAGAGAAGCCGUACCAGUGUGACGAAUGCGGAAAGAGUUUCUACUACAGGCAAGGCUUCAACAACCAUAAGAAGACUCACAGUGCCAAACCCAUCGGUCCAACCAGGCAGCUGGGCAGACCCAGACAGCAGGGAGGUACCAGGAAGUCAAGGAAGAUCUCAGUGAGAGCUCCGCCUGAUUCAGACGGAGAGGACCUGACCUGGGUGUCUGCUGACCUUGGAAACAGACCCCAGCAUCACCUUGGCAACCAAGAAAAUCAUGCUGCAGAGAACCACAGCCAGACAUCCACGUGGAGCUUUGGUCAUCAUACAGCAUUCAACCUGUGGGACCAAAACCCAAAUUCAUCUCACUGGAGCGCAGCAGACGGCCACCAGGCUUAUGGUGCCCCAGCAGGAGCAAGUAUUAAUUUCAGUGCCCUGCACAGGGGCACAGCGGGGCAGGAGCACUUUAAGCAGAGCUGUCCAGUGGAGCAGCCCUCCUGGCCUCCUGGGACCUCCUCUGUAUCGCCACCCUCUGAGCUCGGCCUCACCACACCCCUCCCACAUAACAUCACAUCGAAGAAAAUGCACCUGAGCGACACGGGUGCAGAAGUAAAUCACCAUGAAGAACACAGACCUGAAACACAGGAGCAGGAUCACAGCACAGCACCUACAGAAGAAACUUUAAUACCACCAGAACCUGAACACGGCAGCUCCCAUGAACAGACUCAGAGAAAUCUGUCUGAGGGGCCUCGCAGACUCAAGAAGAAGUACAACUGUCUGACCUGUGGGAGAGUCUUCUUUCACAACACUGCUCUGCAGCGACACCUUGUGAUUCAUGCGGGGAAAAGACCUUUCAAGUGCUUCAUCUGUGCGAGAGGAUUCACCCAGAGCGGAAACCUCAAAACACACAUGAAAGUGCACAGAGGAGAGUUGCCAAAUUGGACAUUAGUUCGAGAGAGCCCCCCCAAAGAAUCUCAUGUAACAGUUCAUGUGUGUGGAGAAUGUGGCAUGGACUUCCCUCAGAAGCAACAGCUGGAAGAACACCGCCAGAGUCACAAAAAGCCUUACGCCUGCCCUGACUGUGGCAAGACCUUCAAAACGGAAUACUAUUUCAAAAUACAUAAGCGCAUUCACUCAGGAGAGUCACCUUUCCUCUGUACAGAGUGCGGUAAGAGCUGUGUCACAGCAGAUUCGCUUAAAAAACACGAGCUGACUCACACUGGAGAAAGGAAUUUCCACUGUGAUCAGUGUGGGAAGGCGUUUUCACAAUCUUCCCACCUCAACGUGCACCUCAAGACUCACACUGGAGAGCGACCGCACCUCUGCUCAAUCUGUGGUAAAAGUUACUCCAAAGCGUGCGAUCUGAAAGUUCACCUGCGAGUUCACACCGGAGAGAAACCGUAUACUUGUGACAAAUGCGGGAAGUGCUUCUAUUACUCUCAAGGUUAUCGAGCGCAUCUGAAGAUUCACGACAAGAAGCCAAAGCCUCAAACAAAACCACUGGGGAGACCAAAACAACAGCUGUCAGUGGCACAUAAUCAAUAAUGUCACCUGGGAGUGUACACUAGUCUGAGAGGAUAUAAAGAGGAAAAGUUAAAACAUAAAAACAGUAUUGGUUUGCUGCUCUGUUACUGUGUGAAAUCUUUAAGUGAAUGAAGUGAUAAUUCAAGUAAUAUUAUAGUAAUCACAUGCAUAUGGUAUGCAGUCUUUGCUACUAACUGUGAUUCACCUAAAGAUGAAUAAUAAUUUGACUGUUUGAGUGUUUGGAAACGGAUUUUCACUGCAUUUUCUUCAAAAGAACUGAGCUAAAAUAAAUAAAUAAAUAAAAGCUUGUACCUUGAAAUAUUUUACUUGUGACAUCUAAUAACUUCAGAUGUUUGUUAUUUUAACAGAACUUUUAUUUUUGUAUCUGAAAUCAUAAAUAUAAGCUGCUAUAUGCAUUGGAUUAUCACGACCAUGCAGCAGGAUAAUGCUGUACUUCAAUGUUGGGCAUUUAUUUUUGUAUACAAAUUAUUGUUCUCAGUUUUUUCUGUCAUGCUCCUCCUUGCCUCUCAAUUUGGGAACCAAUGACUUAAUCUUUGAACAUUAGCCAUCAUUCAUACAUCACUGCUCAGCAUCUUAUCUGGCUCAGAGUCUGAGUAGCAAAGUUGGACAGAUGAUUUUUUUCCCUCAGACAUGACCUCCAGUUUGUCCAAGAGGACCCUGAGACAUCCUCUAGUCUUACCUGUCCAACAUGCCUGGAAAACCGU